AUGUCCGACUCCGACGCACCUACCAACGUCUCCGUUAGAGAUCUCGACUAUUCUGGACUCAGAAAAGCCAUCGAUGCAAGACUCAACAAAUAUUUCGAGAGAUUGGACGCGCCAGAAUCUCACGAAAGACCCAAGGCCAUUCAUCGUAACGACUUUUACAAAUUCACAAUCCGUGCAGAAGAGCCAAAUGUAGAAUUCAUCAAGUUUGUACCAAAAAUAAUGUGGUGCAGUAAACUGGGAGUCUACAAACACGUUUCCCAUGAACGGGCCUAUGAACUUCGCAUUGUUCUUGACGAAUUUUGCGAGGAAUGGUGCAGUCAAUGGUUGACCGGUGAUGCUGGAAUAUUCUUUGUGCAGAUUCGUACGAAUCUUCGCAGAGGUGUCUGGCCACACGUCAUUCUCAGGACUGGGGAAAAUAUGGAACGGAAAACGUAUCCAAGGUUUUUCACUGAGGCAGACUUGGGAACACAUCUCACCAAAUUUCUUCUAAGGUUGGAUGAAGAUUUCCUUCGGAAUAUCAUGGCUCAAAUCGUCAGGGACGAAGGCUACGGAUGCCCUAUAUACAAUGAAAAAAAUGAGGCUAUUUUCAUGAUCAACAUUGACCCAUCAAAGCUAUCCCAUAAUAAUCCGCGAAAGAUGGUCACGGCAUACACCAUUAUGGAUGUCGAGGAAAUUCGAAAGUUUGUUCGGGAUUUGUAUUAUAAAUCUUGUGUCGACCAAGAUACUCGUGGAGCCAAGAUUCGUUGCGAUCUCCGUUUGGAAGGUCAGAGAGUAGUCUCUCAAGUCAAGCUAUGGGAGGAGGGUGACUCAGAUUAUAAUGAAGUUGGAGAUGAGGACGAAGAUGAAUCGCUGUUUGAAGAGGUGUUCGGUGGUCGCAAAAAAGACGGUGAUGCUGUCUGGAGACGAAGGAUCUGGUUCGCAUUCGAAAAAAUGAGAGCUCCACAACUUCGGAGGGCUAUCCACAUAAUAUGCGGAGGAGUCUACAAGCUGAAUUUGCCCGCUGAUGAGGAAUAUAUCAAUGAAAAGGACGAUUUGACAUUGCGGCGUACAAUCGCAGUAAUCUUGAUAGUGGGCACUCGAGUUGUCCUCCCACACGAAGCCGAAACUUGCGAUUUACUGGAGAAAAUGACUGCUGAUGAACUUAGGAAAUCUCUUAUAAUUUUGUGUAAUGCCAAAAUUGUCUCAAUAUCAUUCAAUAACGGCAUGCAACUUAUAAUAGACGGGAGGACUAUUACUCUGGAUGUCCGUGACCAGCUCGAGCCGCAAGGUGAGAGCUCCAGUGAGAGCGGAGAACAGUAUCCAGCAGAUGAAAGUUCAGAAGAAGAGGAAACGAGUGAUCAUGGUGUGGAAUUUGAAGCAUCCGUCGAAGAAUUAUCUGAGCCUGAGUUCCCCAUUCCUAGAAAGAGACCCAGACUGUGGGUUGAGCCGAAUCAGCUACUCGGAGAAACCGCCUUCGACGAAAUGGAUGCGCCAAAACUUCGAGAACUCCUCAACAGAUUAUGUGAUUGUGGAAGGAUUAUUGUUGAAGAUUCGACGGGUAAAAUUGAGGUGAAUGGCCGCAACAUCUUUAUCUCAAAUGGAUUCAUCGACCUUACUCAAAGCGACGAUAGCGACGGUGAGGGAGAGCGAGACAACAAUGAUGGGGUUGGAAGUUAUAACGACAACGAGGUUGAGCCUACCAAGGAAAAAGCAGAUGAUGGAGAAUUUGCAAUGGUUGAUAAUGAGAGUUUGCCUGAGCUCGAAAUUGCGGAAAGAAGCCAACAAGUGGGCACAAUGGGAGAGCAAGAGAUAGAUGAAGCAGUUGGAAUAGUCCAAUUGGCGAAUCAAAUGAUAAACAAAGGCGACGAGGCAGCAUUUGAAGACAAGGAAGAAUGCAGCGAGGAGGAAUUAGAGACUGACUCAUGGGACAACUCUGAUGAUGACAACGAUGUACCAGCUUUGCGGAAAAGUGAGAUCAAGGAACUGCUAUCAUCGAAAAAGGAUUACUUAGAGGAUAUGUACGCUAAAAAGGAAAAAAGAUUGCGAAAUUUGGUUGUUUCAAAGAAGAGAAAUCUGAAGAUAUUUGAGUGCGAAAACUGUGGUUCCGACUUCAAUAUCGAGGGCAACAAGAAGGGCGAUUGUUCUUUCCAUCCAGGCGAGAGAGAGCUAGAUGAGAAUUAUGCGGAGGAUUAUCAUUGGCCUAACUAUGGAGAGCCGUGGAAGAGUGCAGAUGAUCCGGAGUAUGCUGAUCGUUUCAUCUGGAGUUGUUGUGAGCGUAAUUCAGAUGCGGAAGCCUGUAUAUUUACGAGACAUAAAGCAUUGGAGGAAAGAAGCAGCAAGAGAACUAAAAUUGAGGAAUUUGAGAAGAUGGGUGCUCCACAGCUUCGAAAUCUUCUCAAGCUGGUCUGCGACAACAAAGGCUUUGCUUUGAAGCAUCGUCAUGGAAAGCUUUUUGUCAAGCCAGAGAAGGUGUUCUUUGGGGUCGAUGGCUUUCACGAAGGCAAGCCUAGACUUACUAACUUCGGGGAUUGCGAUAACUACAAGGAAAGAGAAAAGGAUGUUGGAAUCGAAGUUGAAGACGUGCCGAUCAAGUCCAAGUAUGAAGUUCAUGAGUUAGUCAAAGCCGACAAGAGAAAACAUCCGGGCAGAAGCCCCACGAUGUUGAAAUGCGAGAACUGUUGUAAUUACUUCUGCAUCAACAACAAUCCGUCCAACGACUGUCUAUGGCAUCCAGGUCAAAGAAUAACAGAUCUUGACGAUAUCAUAUGGGCAGAUCAUGAUUCGAAGAAAGAUGGAGCAAUUGAAUCUCUUAUUGAUCAUCCGGACUUCGAGGAUCGUUGGAUUUGGUCUUGCUGUUCACAAUUCGGAAGCGAUUGGGGUCGCAAAAACACGAGACACAAAGCGUUGGAGGAAAUCAAAGAGCCCAGAAACACAUUCGAGACAUCCCCCGAAAAACUCAUCGAUUGA